CAGCUUACCUUCCUCUCACCAUGUCGUUCCUCGAGAAAUUCAAGUCGAGUGCACAGAAAGUGGGGGUCCAGGCGACGGCGUUUGCACAGACCAGUGGGCAGAAGAUCGCCAGUGGAUCGCGGGAAUUCGCGCAAGGGUUCAGUCUACCUGGCGAAGCAGAGAAGGCGGCCAAGAUUCUGGACAGCUUCUUGGGUAGCUGACCCCGAUCGACCCGAGUCGGCCCUGAAUUCUAUACCGAAAUCUGUCCUCCAGAACGCUCGAGGUCUCGCCAUCUUCCAAGUGCUCAAAGCAGGCUUCGUUUUCUCGGGCAAAGCAGGCUCGGGAAUCGUCAUUGCUCGGCUGCCCGACGGAUCGUGGUCCGCUCCAUCGUGCAUCGCGACCGGCGGCUUGGGCUGGGGACUGCAAAUCGGCGCGGACAUAACGGACUUUGUGAUCGUGCUGAGGGACGAGGAGGCCGUGCAGGCGUUCUCGCAGGGAGGGAAUGUGACUAUCGGGGGGAACAUCAGUGCGGCGGCAGGGCCUAUCGGGACUGGCGGGAGCGUGCAGGCGGCCAUUGCGUCGAUGCCGACACCCAUGUUCUCGUAUUCCAAAUCUAAAGGGCUGUUCGCGGGCGUGUCGCUCGAAGGGACCAUGCUUAUAGAACGCAAGGAUGCGAACCGCGACUUUUAUGGCACCGUUGUGCCUGUUCGCGACAUUCUAAGCGGACGGGUCCCUCCUCCUGAGAUUGCGUCAAGGCUGUACGAAAUCAUCGAGGCGGCAGAGGGGCUGGACGAGUCAGGUCUCCCUCAAGAGGGCUAUGUGCCCAACGCCGAAGGCGGCCAUGAUGAUCAUCUUGUUUUCGACGUCAAUGGCCACUGAGUCUUGAAGUCAGUAAGAAGCAGACAGCAUAACCACGUUCAGCUAUUCUACUGCAUAGACGAUUAUAUAGAAACUUGAAUGAGGAGUCUGAAUGGCGAACAAUUGAGGCGCCUCAGCCAAACAAGCGCACACACGCCGCGCCUCUUCCGUUCAUUGACACCCUCUCGGUCGGGACGGGGUUAGAAUCAUGAUGAAGACGCGUCGAAAAAGCAAGGCAGCCGCAGCGGCGGCGGCCGAAACCACUGACAACGACGCUGCCUCUACCUCAGGGACCGCAGAGGAGACCCACCUCUCUGUCUCCGUACCUCCGGACGUCGACAUCGACGUACUUUCCAGUCUUCUGCCCGACACAAAUAUUUCGGCUCCCACAGCGGAGAGCAUCACGGAGCUGUACCGGCGGCUCGUUGACCUUGCGGCGCAGGUCGAGUCAGCGCUGCAGGCACGCGAUGAGGAGCACGCAGUGGUGGAGAGGAUGGAGGUCGAGUUGGACCAGGCGCUGCAGGACAAGGAGUCGGCCGCAAGGGACUCUGAAACUUCUGUUGAAUCUGUGCAGAAGGAACUGAAAGAGGUGCAGGCGCAGAGGGACGAACUUUUAACUUCCCAAACGGCACUGAAGAAUCAGGUCUCUGCUCUUUCAAGAUCACAGACGACCUCGACAACCGAAGUGGAUUCUCUGAAGCAUCGCAUUGAUGACACCGAACGAGAGAAACGCGACCUCAUUGGUGUGAUCAGCCGGCUGAAGCAGGACAGCACACAACGGGAUGAGGAGGUUCAGACCCUCCGCACGAACCUGAAAGAGGCCCGACAAGAGCACCAGAAGCUCGAAAGCGAACUGCGUGAGCUCAAGUCUUCGGAAACAUCCAACAAGUUCCAAAUCGAAACCCUGCGUCAACACCUGGAGCACAAGACCGCUGAAGCCGAGCGCGCCAACAAUGACCUGACCACACAGUCAGAAGAGUACGCGAAGCAACGAAGGGCCCGUCAUGCGGAACUCGUCACUCUGCAAGCCAGCUUUGACGCACUGACUCAGACGCAUGCAUCCACUCACGCAUCUCUGAAAGCUCUGCAGUCCUCGCACACAGCCCAAAGUCACCAGCUCACUCAAGCACUCGAGAAGGUGCAGAACCUGACCGGCAAACUCGCUGAGCAAGAAGCGACAUAUGCGAGCGAAGCCAGCGGACUGCGUCGCCUGGUGGCUAUGAUGGAGGAGCGCGAGUCCAAGGCGAAGGAGAUCGUGGAUAGCAUCGAGCGGGAAUGGGCUGGCGUGGGUGAAAAGUCGGAGAGGAGAGAGGCGGCUUUGAAGGAGGAGGUAGAGCUGGAGAGGAGAGCCCGCGAGGAUGCUGAGAAACGCCUGGAGCAAUUGGAGGAGGUGAUGAACCGGAUGGGCCGUGGAGACUUACCUGUGCCUAGCAUGGAUAUGACCGUCGACGGGCUGAUGGGUCUCAGUCCGACGGUGGCGAUGGUCAGCAAGGCACAGAAGAGCGGCAAGACUUUCACCGAGGUGUACACCGACUAUGUUCGACUGCAGGAAGAAUACAGCAGGAAGUGCACCGAGUACGAACGUAUGGACGAAACUCUCUCUGCAGUUCUCACCCAAAUCGAAGAGCGUGCGCCUGUGUUAAGUCAACAGCGCACCGAGUACCAGCGCCUGCAAUCCGAAGCAGCCCAUUUGGCAUCGCAACUCGCCAUUGCUAUCGCGGACCGGGACAACGAAAGCGCAGCUGCUCAAGACAGCUCGCAGAAGCUGGCCCAAUCGACGCGGGAGAAUGAACUGCUCCAACAGCAGCUGACUGAUCUGGGCCGCCAGGUGAAACAUCUCCUGCGCGAAAUCGGCCGUGUGCAGGAUCCGUCCAUUCCCAGCGACGAAGACCUGGAGAUGCUUGCCGCCGCACCCCCAGAUACGAUCGACGGGGUCAUCACGAACAGCCUUGUCCUAUUCCAAUCAAUCCCUGAGCUGCAAGAGCAGAACCAGAAGCUUUUGCGGGUUGUGCGGGAAUUGGGCGACAAGAUGGAGAGUGAGGAGCGCGAGUAUAGGGACGUUUUGGAUCGCGAGCAGACUGAAGCAGUGCGCGAGGCCCACGAAGCUAUGCAAGAGCUUGCGGAGCAACUCGAAAGGCAAAAGAGUAGCUCUGACACGAUCAUCCAGGCUUACGUCCAAGAACGGGACACUCUCAAGGCCAUGCUGGCCCGACACGAACGGGGUGGUGUCCCACCCGCUGCUGGCGUGCUGACCAACGGAUCCGUCACUCAUGAGAACGGGUUUGGCGACAGUCUUCCUCCGAAUGCGAGCGACAUGGCCAAGGAGCUUGUGGAGGUGCAGAACCAGUUCGAUGUCUAUCGAACAGAGAUGGGGGUUGACUCCUCGCGACUGCGCGAAGACUUGCACAAGAUGCAGCGUGAGUCCGGUCAGCUGCAGACUCAGCUUGCCAAGGCAAAUGCGAAGAUCGAAUACCUAUCUGAACGCCAGCGGAUGAGCCAAGAACAAGUCGCCACACACAGCCGGGAAAUGGACGACAUGACAAAACGGAAUCAACAAUUGUUCGAUCAGUGGACACGAGUUGAUAUCGAAUGUGGGCGUGCGACUGAAGAUCUUCAAGUUGCCACCGGCCGGAUCGAGCAAUUGCGUAAUGAGUGUGCGAAUCUCAGAGCAGAAAAGAAGAUCUGGGAGGGUGUUCAAGGGCGUCUUGUCGAGGAGAACCGCACACUUGCCAUGGAACGUUCGCAUCUGUCCGACUUGAUGACAAACGUUCAGAAGAUGCAUAAUGACUUGGAGAGGUCCGGUGACAACGACCGGAGGAGGCUGGAGAAUCAACUCCAGAUGCUCGAGGGCCAAACUCAGGACCUGAAGAACCAGCUGUCCACCGAACGGGAUACAGUUCGCCAUCUGACGCUGCAGAAAGAAAUCGAGAUCAAGGAUCUGCAGAACAAACUCGACAGGGCGGCGCUUGAGUUCUCCAAGACCAGGGAGGCUCUAGUCGUUGCUGAGACCAGCAAGACGCAUCUCGAGCAACGGGUCGAGGAACUGGCACGCCAACUACGUGGCAAUGAGGAGAAGUUGUCUGUAUACGAGAGGAGGCCCGCUGCUGCCGCUGCUGCCAACAACAGUUCCAUGGAUGUCACAUCAAUUGGGGAGCAACAGCUCCAGGCCGAGGUCGCGGAACUUCGAUCUGCGCUCAAAAUCACGGAGAUGGAUCUCAAGACCGCCAGAAGCCACGUGGAGCAGUACCGCGAAAUCAGUCAAGCGAACGAAGCUGCCCUCCGGGAUCUGAACAACACGCACGACGAGUAUAGAGCUUCGGCCGAGGCUCAGAUCGCUAAGCACGAGUCCGAGUUCGCUGCGAUACAGGAGAAGCUGACAGCUGCGCAAGAGGAGCUUACCCAAGCGAAUGCCAAAUACAACGAGCUGCAGAAAUCGUUCGAGACUGAGCGCACGGCAUGGACGAACGACAAGAAGGUGCUCGAGGACACCAUUGUCGAUCUUGGGACGUCAGAGAAGCUUUCGGAGAGUGACCGGACGACCUUGGAGAGGGAUGUCAGGUUACAGGAGGAACGGGCCAAGGCUGCAGAGGACCGGCGGGACCAGGAAGUACUUGCGCGCGCUGAAUCGAUCAAGACUCUAGACGGAAUCAAGAAGCAGCUUGUUGCCGCUCAGGCGGCCGUUCGGGACGCGCAGACUUCUGCGCAGACAGCGACUGCGAAGCUGACUGCGUCUGAAGGCAGCUGGGCUCUCCAGAAAGAGGCGCUGGACAAGGAAGUGGCUGAUCUGAAUCGACGGUGCCAAGAACUGACGAGCCAGAACUCGCUGCUGCAUCAGCAUCUGGAUAGCGUGAGCUCACAGGCGGCCAAGAUCCGUUCGGUUGCGGCUGCCUCGGAGGAGAAUGGGGAUGUGACAGCCACAACCACGACUGAUUCAGACUCGGAGACGAAGCUGGCUGAGCUGCGAAGUGUUGUGACAUAUCUGCGUAAGGAGAAGGAGAUCGUGGAUCUGCAACUCGAGUUGAGCAAGCAGGAGAACACCCGGCUCAAGUCGCAGAUUGAGCAUCUGAGCAAGACGCUGGAAGAGACGAGGAAGACGUUGUCCGAGGAACGAGAGAAGGCGGUUGAAGGUGCUGCGUCGGCAGCUCAGCACGCGGAGCUGCUUGAAAGGAUCAAUCAGCUCAACAUUCUGCGGGAGAGCAACGCGACGCUUCGCGCAGAGUCAGAAACGCACUUGAAACGAUCAAAAGCGCUUGAAUCACAGCUCAAGACGCUCAGUGCCCAGCUCAAUCCGGCGAAAGAGCAGGUCAAAAUUGCACAGGCCGAGCUCGAGGCGAAGAACAGCCAGUUUGCCAAGCUUGAAGAGGAGAACCGCAGAUGGCAGGAACGCAAUGCUGGGUUGUUAAGCAAGUACGAGCGUAUCGAUCCCGCUGAAGUUCAGGCCCUGAAGGACGAGGCUGGCAAAUGGAAGAAGGAGGCUGAAGAGGCCGAGGCGAGAAAGACUGAGGCUGAGGGCAAAGUGGCCGAGUUGGAAGCUCGAGUCCAAGCAGUCGAAGCCAACAUGCGGAACCACAGAGAUAUAAACGCCAAGAACAUGGACGGAUUCAAGAGGAACCUCGGGGCUGUCAACAAGGAAAAGUCGGUACUGUUGGCGGAGAAAGCCGAGCUCACGGCCACGGUGGCUUCGCUACAGGCUCAGAUUAAGACUCUGCAGGAUGCGCAGUCGCAAUCCGUGCCGACUGAGACUCCGAGCGAGGACAAUUCUACUGCGAUGGCUGCUCUGACCGCUGAGCGGGAUGGGUUGUUAGCUGAAAAGGCCAAUUGGAUCAUAACUUCUGCCGUUCCACCAGCUCAAGAAGCUGCCCCUGGAUUGGAGGAAGCAAAACAAACUUGGGAAACUGAGAAAGCGGAGCUCGUCAAAACGCGUGAUGCGGCGGUUGAAGCUGAAAAGCAAAGUCGCGCCGGGGAGGCAAAACUGAAGGAAGCUCACGAAUUGGCUCGCAAUCGGAUGCGCAUGUUGGUGGAACGGCUGAAGAAAGCUGAGGCGGACCUCGCCGCAGCCACUUCUGCUGCUGCUGCGCCCCCAGAAGAGGUCACGAAGAAGCACCAGGAAGAAUUGCAGGCACUUCAGACGAAGCUGGAGGCGCAUCACGCUGAGGAGGUCAAAACUGCGGUGGAAAAGGCCAAAGCUGAGGCCCAAGCGGCAGCGAAUUCCGGCGAGGACACCGCCGCCCCACAGUCCAAAGCAAGCGAGGAGGAGCUGAUCGAGCGCGGGCGACAGGAACUCAAAAUGAAGAUGGCAGUGAAGGACAACCAGCUUGUGCGGACGCAGAACAAGGUCAAAGAACUCGAGGCCAAGAUUGCUGCGCUCCAAUCUGCACCAGCGGCAUCGACAUCUGCUUCAACGUCAACCCCAGCACCGGCUUCGACAUCGGCCCCUUCGACGUCGGCACCUGCACCUACAGCAGCAUCGGCCACAGCACCAAAACCAGCAGCGGCGCGGUCCGGUCAGCCCGCCUCCGCGGCUGCUGCGACAGCUGCUGCUGCUCGCGGGAACGUCCGGGGUCGGGGCGCUGCCAGAGGUCGGGGCGCAGCUGCGUCAGGGCGUGCCGGUGCGGCUAACGCCGCGGCGGCCGGCGGCGGCGGCGACGCAGCUGCCCCCGCGCAAUUGAGUAUCAAGGGAAGCGCCGAGGGAUCGGGCUUGUCACUUGUCGGGGCUGCGAAACGGCCGCAUGAUGGAGCAUCGAGCGAUGCGGAGUCUCUUGCCAAGCGCUUAAAACCAGCUGAGGGCAAACCUGUGACGUUGAGGAGGACGGGCCCACCCCAGACGCAGGCUCCGCCCCCCGCGUCGUAGGGUAGGGGAGUGGUGGGCUGGGCUGUCGUCGUUUGUUGUCGUUGCAUCUUUUCUUGAAGUCAUUUGUAUAGUCCAUUUUGUAAUGUAUUCAUUGACCUCACAUACAUUCGCGCACUUAUAU